UCUCCGAUCACAAGACUCGUCUGGGAGGUGAGCCAGGACAAUGCUCAGCAGCUGUCAUGUGACCCGGAAGUAAGUCAUGUGAUCUGUUCAGGUUACAAUGAGGAAACAAAGCUCACAGAAGUCUAUGGUCUGGAUACUAACAAAGACUCCGUAAAUACAGAAACACCAGAGAAAAAGCCAUGGAGUUCUGGAUCACUGAUACCAAUCAUACUGUCCACAGUAACAGUUCCAAUCUGGCAAUUGGCUUUGCAUCUUCUGCCAUAUCCGUUAUUUUGUUUGGAUCAAAUUUUGUGCCAGUGAAGAAGUUUGACACUGGAGAUGGUAUGUUCUUCCAGUGGAUUCUCUGUGCUUCCAUAUGGAUAGUUGCUUUAGUGGUGAACCUGAUCUUGCGCUGUCCAAAAUUCUGGCCUCUUGCUAUGGUUGGAGGCUGUGUAUGGGCAACAGGUAAUAUUACAGUUGUUCCAAUUGUGAAAACCGUAGGACUUGGGUUAGGCCUUCUCUUAUGGGCUUCUACCAACCUUCUCACUGGCUGGGCAAGUUCAAGAUUUGGCAUGUUUGGAAUAGAUCCAGAAGUAGUUAACAGGCCGUAUUUAAACUAUGCAGGAGCCGGGCUUUCUGCACUAAGUGCAGUUAUCUUCCUGUUUGUGAAAACUGACAUUAAACCGGUUACAUCUGAACCAGAAACCACUCCACUUCUAAUAAAUAGUAUCAAUUCAAAGGGAGACACGCCAUCAGAUGAAUCGUGGAUAGACAAAUUAUCACCUUUACAAAGACGAAUAAUAGGCUCAGCGAUGGCAAUUUGUGCAGGGGUCCUUUAUGGCUCCUGUUUUAUUCCUGUCCUGUAUAUCAAAGACCACAGCAAGCACAAUGAAAGCAUAUAUGCUGGAGCAAGCCAAUUUGAUUUAGACUAUGUGUUUGCACACUUCAGUGGAAUUUUUGUCACCAGCUCUGUUUAUUUUCUUAUCUACUGUGCGGUUAUGAAAAAUCGUCCUAAAGUUUAUCCACAAGCAAUAUUGCCUGGUUUUAUUUCUGGCAUCCUUUGGGCAAUCGCAAACUGCUGCUGGUUCCUGGCUAAUAACUACCUCAGUGCAGUGGUCAGCUUCCCAAUAAUCACAGCGGGCCCUGGACUGGUUGCUGCCUUGUGGGGGGUGCUUGUAUUUAAAGAAAUAAAGGGAAGGAGAAAUUACUUGCUGCUAGUACUCGCAUUUUGUAUUGUCUUAUCUGGUUCCCUUCUGACAGCUUUUUCGAAGACAUGAGACACUUUCCAGAAUAACCACCAGGUGGAGCCGCUGAUUUUUAUUUUACAUAAUAAUUUUGUUCUGGUGAAAAUGAGGGAAUCGGGGACACAAACGUUCUUUUUCUCUGAAGAAAUUCAUAGCAAUUUUAAUUUAUAUUUUAUGCUAUGCUCUGAAAGAUUGAAGACAGUACAAGAGAACAAUCUAGGAGUUUGAAGUUUUUAUAUAUAGUUUUUUUUAUGAAUAUAAAUAUAAAUAAAAAUAUAUGCAUAAAAUA